AAAGAACAGAAACAACAAUAACCGAAACAGAAACAACUACGGAGGAGGUGGGCGGAAUCACAACAACAACAACAAUCGGGGCGGCGGUGGGGGAUACUAGAAGUACGGACGAGCAGUCAACGCCGUGGCUGUCAUCUUUUGAUGAUGCAGCUGGCUAAGUAGCAGGAGCUCGCUUGUAUAUUUCAUCUACUUCGACAGCUUUUAAUUUAUAAAUAUUUUGGAAAAAUAAAAUGAACCUCGCAGUGAACGUAUCUAUUCUAAAUUAUCUGUUUAUACUAAACUAAAACUCUGCAUCGACGCCGGGGGUGAUGUGAGCGGGCAGGAUGCGAUAUUAGUAUACCUCGGUGCUAAGAAGUCAAGAGGUACUUUGGAAUGCUAGUUUCAAUUCUCGCUGCUCAAAACAACUUACAAUAUCUUUGGACUGUCUUGUUCAUCAACCUCAAUCAGUCUACCGUGUCUGCUCUGUUGUUGUUUUUUUUGCCGUCGAACAAGGUAUUGAAAGUUGUUUUUUUUUUGGACCUAUGAUAUUCGUAUGUGGUUAUCUGUUGUAUUCUGGUUUCACGGCUUUCAGUGGAAGAUGAAGCCAAAAUCUGUCUUCGCUCAGAAGUCCUGGCAGGUGAUUGGCCGAAAGCGAGCCGACGUCCACUCAGAGGGCUCGUUUUUGGUCAACAGCAUUUCUACCUUAAGAGGACGCCAAAUUACGAAGAAUGUAGAUUUUUUUACGGGAGCCGAAGCAGAAGGAGAUGUUGACGGCAAAUUAUUUGGUCGUGACGUGCUCUUGCGUUCAUGGUAUGUACGGUGGGGGCUUCAAGCCUGCAAUAAGACGAUGCGGAGGUGGUGUGUGAAAUGCAAAUGCUUUAUUUUCUAGAAAUAAAUGCCUAUGUCAUUUGGGAAAUAGGUAUAGGACGAAUCACGGUGCAAGGAGAAGGACAAGCUUUCAGACAAAGCCAGAGAUAGCGGAAACAGCACUUUGCAGGAGCUUAUUCGCUCCACUAGCACUACAAAGAUUGAUUUGAUUGCUACGACCACGACACUCACACUGCGCACACCCCUAUCGAUAUGCUCCGGCUGCAGAAAAAAAUCACCAGCAGCGAGCUGUGCGAGCAGGGCCGAGUUGGUGACUACAACUUACUACUAAGAUCGGUCGUUAACAAAGUAGAAAUCGAGGACAAAACAUUAUUUCAGAUAGUUUUGCUAGUACUGUUACCGUACUACUUGUACUACGGCAAGAAAUAAAUCACGACUACGACGGGGUUGAUUUGUUCCGCCCACGGCGACAUAUUACCUUCGAUGGGUCACUACUUCUUCGAUUGUACAACAAAAUACAGCUACUGCAAAAAACAUCUUCUACUUCUUGUAAGAAAUGAAAUCAAGAAGUAGUACACCAAAUUCAAGACCCGUUUUGUUUUGGCUUUUUUGUUUUGCGCACCAUCCAUGGAUGAUUGAUAGCCUUUUCAUUCUAUGCUAUUCCUUUUUUGGUUUCUGCGAAAAAUGAAAAGCUGCCCAUUAUCCAUUAAUCGAAAUAAUUUCGAUCUCGAUGUCGGUUAUUUGAAGGGUAGCGGAGGGCAGCGAGCGGUUUAUGGAAGUUCGUUGUAAUAAAUACGGAGAAAAAAAAUAAAUGAAAAAACGCAAGAAAAAAUUUUGCGAACACCACAGCUGCACCUCUUCCUAGGUUCCCGUGUCAAGAAGCCGAACAUUUGUCGUUCGUUUAUUGAUGUUGUCCCGGUAUUUAGAUGGGCCGAACUAGCACCCUAACAAUCCCUAUCCUAGGGGUUCUCGUGGCAUGACAAUAACAAUUACGGGCAGAGUUUGACUACUUUUUUCAAACUCGAAAACGUGAAAAAAACAAAAAAAAACAAGAAAACUGAUAUAUGAAAAAC